AUGGUCGAACUCAAGAAAGUUGCCAAACAAAAGUCUACUGCUGGACCUUCAGGAAAAUCCAAACAGAAACAACAACACAUUCCCUCAAAAACCAAAACUCGUGUACCACUCUUCCAAAAGAUUGUUCAAGAACAAAUUCAACCUGCUUACCCAUCUCCCAUUCUCGAUGAGAAACGAGAUCGCAGCUUUGAAGAUCUGAUGAAACAUUCCCUCGAUGAAAUCUUGAAACUCAAACAUACGGACAAUCCACACAGUUCCUUCAUUGGUAAGGCUGAAAGAAUUCUCAAUGCUGAGGAAGAUAUUGCCAAUUAUAGAGCCAAAGCAGAGCUUCCACUUCAUCCUUCCACACCAAAACAAGUCAUUUCUAAAGUUUCAGAGUAUUUUCACGGUGUGAUGGAUCUUUCCUCUCCAGUGAAUUUGGAAAAUGUGAAUCCUCCUGCAAAUAUUCCAGCAUUGAUUAGUUCCUUCUUUGGUUCAUUGUACAACGUGGCAGUGGUCCACGAUGAAUUUGCUUGGAAUGUUUCAUUGACAGAAAUUGAAUCUUUGGGAAUGUUAUCGAAAUUGGUCGGUUGGGAUCCACAAACUGCGAAUGGAAUAUUUACUUUUGGAGGAACAGGAAAUGAAUUGUAUGCCCUCAAAGUUGCUUUAGCAAGGUGUCUCGGAAUGAAAUAUCGUUACAAAGGUAUUCGUGAUAGUGAUCAUGUAAAGGUUUUUGUCUCUGAGAUUGGUCACUAUUGCAAAUUUAACACCUGUGAUUGGUGUGGUAUUGGAAUGGACAAUGUUGUUGGUAUUGGCAUCAAUGAUGACAAUUCGAUGAAUAUGGAUGACCUCUACAAGAAACUCUCCGAAUCUGCUCGCAACAAGGAAAAAAUUGCAUGCAUUAUUGCUACCUGUGGAUCGACGGACCCAUUCGGUGUCGAUGAUGUUCGCAGCAUUGUGGAAAUUCGUGACAAGAUUGUUGAGGAAUAUCAACUCGAUUACAAACCCUUCGUUUACGUCGAUUCUGUGAUUGGAUGGCCAUGGCUCUUCUUCCGUUAUUAUGAUUUUGAGAAGAAUCCUCUCCAAAUUGACACUCAAUAUGUCCUUCCUGCCAUUAAGAGUGUGUUUGAAAGAAUUCAAUUCAUGAAUUUGGCAGACGCUGUUGGAAUUGAUUUCCACAAGACUGGAUUUUCUCACUACGUCUGUAGUUGUGUCUUAUUCAAAGACAGAAAAGAAUUUGAAGAGAAUCUAUCACGUCCCAAAGAGUUCAUGUAUUACUUGUAUAAUUUCUCUGUGUACAAACCUGGAUGCUACACACUCGAAUGCUCGAGACCUGCCAUGUGCUUGUCUGCCUAUAGCACUUUGUUAUUGUUUGGAAUUGAGGGUUAUCAGUCAAUGAUUGCUCAUUUGGUGAGUGUUCAACAUGCACUUCGUACCGCUCUCUCUGAAUUUGAGAACAUUGUCAUUGUAAAUGAUUUGGAUAAUGGAUUUGUGACACUCUUCAGAGUCUAUCCAGAAGGAAUCAAUGCCAAAGAGCAAUACAAAAAAGAAUUUGAAGAGAGUGAUGCCACAGUUGUUAACAAAUCCAACGAUUAUCAAAAACAUAUUGCAAACAUUCUUCACUUGAAACGAAUCGAAGAAGAUGGACCUGCUCUCUCCUACACUAGAAAUUUCAGAAAAAACAAACAUGGACUUGCAUUUGGAAGGAGAAGGCCAUUGGGUUUGGGUUUGGGUUUGGGUUUGGGUUUGGGUUUGGGUUUGGGUUUGGGUUUGGGUUUGGGUUUGGGUUUGGGUUUGGGUUUGGGUUUGGGUUUGGGUUUGGGUUUGGGUUUGGGUUUGGGUUUGGGUUUGGGUUUGGGUUUGGGUUUGGGUUUGGGUUUGGGUUUGGGUUUGGGUUUGGGUUUGGGUUUGGGUUUGGGUUUGGGUUUGGGUUUGGGUUUGGGUUUGGGUUUGGGUUUGGGUUUGGGUUUGGGUUUGGGUUUGGGUUUGGGUUUGGGUUUGGGUUUGGGUUUGGGUUUGGGUUUGGGUUUGGGUUUGGGUUUGGGUUUGGGUUUGGGUUUGGGUUUGGGUUUGGGUUUGGGUUUGGGUUUGGGUUUGGGUUUGGGUUUGGGUUUGGGUUUGGGUUUGGGUUUGGGUUUGGGUUUGGGUUUGGGUUUGGGUUUGGGUUUGGGUUUGGGUUUGGGUUUGGGUUUGGGUUUGGGUUUGGGUUUGGGUUUGGGUUUGGGUUUGGGUUUGGGUUUGGGUUUGGGUUUGGGUUUGGGUUUGGGUUUGGGUUUGGGUUUGGGUUUGGGUUUGGGUUUGGGUUUGGGUUUGGGUUUGGGUUUGGGUUUGGGUUUGGGUUUGGGUUUGGGUUUGGGUUUGGGUUUGGGUUUGGGUUUGGGUUUGGGUUUGGGUUUGGGUUUGGGUUUGGGUUUGGGUUUGGGUUUGGGUUUGGGUUUGGGUUUGGGUUUGGGUUUGGGUUUGGGUUUGGGUUUGGGUUUGGGUUUGGGUUUGGGUUUGGGUUUGGGUUUGGGUUUGGGUUUGGGUUUGGGUUUGGGUUUGGGUUUGGGUUUGGGUUUGGGUUUGGGUUUGGGUUUGGGUUUGGGUUUGGGUUUGGGUUUGGGUUUGGGUUUGGGUUUGGGUUUGGGUUUGGGUUUGGGUUUGGGUUUGGGUUUGGGUUUGGGUUUGGGUUUGGGUUUGGGUUUGGGUUUGGGUUUGGGUUUGGGUUUGGGUUUGGGCCUGGGCCUGGGCCUGGGCCUGGGCCUGGGCCUGGGCCUGGGCCUGGGCCUGGGCCUGGGCCUGGGCCUGGGCCUGGGCCUGGGCCUGGGCCUGGGCCUGGGCCUGGGCCUGGGCCUGGGCCUGGGCCUGGGCCUGGGCCUGGGCCUGGGCCUGGGCCUGGGCCUGGGCCUGGGCCUGGGCCUGGGCCUGGGCCUGGGCCUGGGCCUGGGCCUGGGCCUGGGCCUGGGCCUGGGCCUGGGCCUGGGCCUGGGCCUGGGCCUGGGCCUGGCCUGGGCCUGGGCCUGGGCCUGGGCCUGGGCCUGGGCCUGGGCCUGGGCCUGGGCCUGGGCCUGGGCCUGGGCCUGGGCCUGGGCCUGGGCCUGGGCCUGGGCCUGGGCCUGGGCCUGGGCCUGGGCCUGGGCCUGGGCCUGGGCCUGGGCCUGGGCCUGGGCCUGGGCCUGGGCCUGGGCCUGGGCCUGGGCCUGGGGCCUGGGCCUGGGCCUGGGCCUGGGCCUGGGCCUGGGCCUGGGCCUGGGCCUGGGCCUGGGCCUGGGCCUGGGCCUGGGCCUGGGCCUGGGCCUGGGCCUGGGCCUGGGCCUGGGCCUGGGCCUGGGCCUGGGCCUGGGCCUGGGCCUGGGCCUGGGCUCUGGGCCUGGGCCUGGGCCUGGGCCUGGGGCCUGGGCCUGGGCCUGGGCCUGGGCCUGGGCCUGGGCCUGGGCCUGGGCCUGGGCCUGGGCCUGGGCCUGGGCCUGGGCUCUGGGCCUGGGCCUGGGCCUGGGCCUGGGCCUGGGCCUGGGCCUGGGCCUGGGGCCUGGGCCUGGGCCUGGGCCUGGGCCUGGGCCUGGGCCUGGGCCUGGGCCUGGGCCUGGGCCUGGGGCCUGGGCCUGGGCCUGGGCCUGGGCCUGGGCCUGGGCCUGGGCCUGGGCCUGGGCCUGGGCCUGGGCCUGGGCCUGGGCCCUGGGCCUGGGCCUGGGCCUGGGCCUGGGCCUGGGCCUGGGCCUGGGCCUGGGCCUGGGCCUGGGCCUGGGCCUGGGCCUGGGCCUGGGCCUGGGCCUGGGCCUGGGCCUGGGCCUGGGCCUGGGCCUGGGCUCCUGGGCCUGGGCCUGGGCCUGGGCCUGGGCCUGGGCCUGGGCCUGGGCCUGGGGCCUGGGCCUGGGCCUGGGCCUGGGCCUGGGCCUGGGCCUGGGCCUGGGCCUGGGCCCUGGGCCUGGGCCUGGGCCUGGGCCUGGGCCUGGGCCUGGGCCUGGGCCUGGGCCUGGGCCUGGGCCUGGGCCUGGGCCUGGGCCUGGGCCUGGGCCUGGGCCUGGGCCUGGGCCUGGGCCUGGGCCUGGGCUGGGCCUGGGCCUGGGCCUGGGCCUGGGCCUGGGCCUGGGCCUGGGCCUGGGCCUGGGGCCUGGGCUUGGGCUUGGGCUUGGGCUUGGGCUUGGCUUGGGUUUGGGCUUGGGUUUGGGCUUGGGCUUGGGUUUGGGCUUGGGUUUGGGCUUGGGCUUGGGCUUGGGCUUGGGUUUGGGCUUGGGCUUGGGCUUGGGUUUGGGCUUGGGCUUGGGUUUGGGCUUGGGUUUGGGUUUGGGCUUGGGUUUGGGCUUGGGCUUGGGCUUGGGUUUGGGCUUGGGUUUGGGCUUUGGGUUUGGGCUUGG